GUGUGGGCCGAAGGGCCGCGGCGAUUCGCGGGCCAGUAAGCGGGUUGUCAGAACGGUCGCCACCGGAGUGAGGCGAGGCUGCGUCUUCGGGUACGGGCGGCCAGGGGCCCGAGUGAGGAUGAGAGUGCGGAGGACGCAGGGCCGCCGGAGGCGCAGGUAAAGACACCAGGGUGCGGUAGAACGGCAGCUGGGCUUCUUCCGGGACCCGUGGUGCUGAAUGGAAAGGACCGAGACGACGCCGAGCCGUGGUUCCUAGCGGCGGGGCCGCAGCUCCAGCUGCCGCUUGCCAGGCGAGAAUGUGCGGAGCCCGGGCAGCGCGGGGCGGCUGAGCGCCUUCGGGCCCCAGGACCUCCGGGGCCCGGGAUGAGUUAGCGAGGGCAGCCGCGGGGUGGGGGGGCAGUUCCUACGGCUACAGGCCAGCGCUGCGGCCGCCGCCCGCCCGCCCGCCCCUUCCGAGCAGAGGCCGCCAGCCCCUUUCCGUGGCCAUCGCUGGCCCUGGAGACCAUGAGGUUCCGCAUUUACAAACGGAAGGUGCUAAUCCUGACGCUCGUGGUGGCCGCCUGCGGCUUCGUCCUCUGGAGCAGCAAUGGGCGACAAAGGAAGAACGAGGCCCUCGCCCCGCCGCUGCUGGACGCCGCCGAGCCCGCACCCCGUGCGGGCGGCCGCGGCGGAGACCAUCUCGCCGUGUCGAUGGGUAUCCGCAGGGUCUCCAACGAAUCGGCGGCUCCUCUGGUCCCCGCGGUCCCGCAGCCCGAGGCGGACAACCUGACGCUGCGGUACCGGUCCCUGGUGUACCAGCUGAACUUUGAUCAGACGCUGAGGAAUGUCGAGAAGACCGGCACCUGGGCCCCCCAGGAGCUGGUGUUGGUGGUCCAGGUGCACAACCGACCCGAAUACCUCAAAAUGCUGCUGGACUCACUUCGCAAAGCCCAGGGCAUUGAUAACGUCCUCGUCAUCUUUAGCCACGACUUCUGGUCGACAGAGAUCAAUCAGCUGAUCGCUGGAGUGGAUUUCUGUCCGGUUCUGCAGGUGUUCUUUCCUUUCAGCAUUCAGUUGUAUCCCAAUGAGUUUCCUGGCAGUGACCCCAGAGAUUGCCCCAGAGAUGUAAAGAAGAGUGCAGCUUUGAAAUUGGGGUGCAUUAAUGCCGAGUAUCCUGACUCUUUUGGCCAUUAUCGAGAGGCCAAGUUCUCCCAAACAAAACAUCAUUGGUGGUGGAAGCUGCAUUUUGUAUGGGAAAGGGUCAAAGUUCUUCAAGAUUAUUCUGGCCUAAUACUUUUCUUGGAAGAGGAUCACUACCUAGCCCCAGACUUUUACCAUGUCUUCAAAAAGAUGUGGAAGUUGAAGCAGCAAGAGUGUCCUGAGUGUGAUGUUCUCUCCCUGGGGACCUACACUGCCAGUCGUAGUUUCUACGGCAUCGCUGACAAGGUAGAUGUCAAAGCUUGGAAAUCUACAGAGCACAAUAUGGGGUUAGCUUUGACCCGGGAUGCAUAUCAGAAGCUGAUAGAGUGCACAGACACUUUCUGUACUUACGAUGAUUAUAACUGGGACUGGACUCUUCAAUAUCUGACUGUAACUUGUCUUCCAAAAUUCUGGAAAGUGAUGGUUCCUCAAGCUCCUAGGAUUUUUCAUGCUGGAGACUGUGGUAUGCAUCACAAGAAAACAUGUAGGCCAUCCACCCAGAGUGCCCAAAUUGAGUUACUCUUAAAUAAUAACAAACAGUACAUGUUCCCAGAAACUUUGAUAAUCAGUGAGAAAUUCACUAUGGCAGCCAUUUCCCCACCCAGGAAAAAUGGAGGGUGGGGAGAUAUUAGGGACCAUGAACUCUGUAAAAGUUAUAGAAGACUGCAGUAAAGGAAAAAAAA